UGGGUAGCGGAUUACCCCCGCCCCCCACGUCGCCGCCUUCCUUUCCGUCCCUGACGCCGCCGAGGUCGCACGCGUGAGGCUUCUCCGCCGCCGAGAUGCGCUACGUCGCCUCCUACCUGCUGGCCGCCCUCGGGGGCAAUGCCUCCCCCAGCGCCAAGGACAUCAAGAAGAUCCUGGACAGCGUGGGCAUCGAGGCGGAUGACGACCGGCUCAACAAGGUCAUCAGUGAGCUGAACGGAAAAAACAUCGAAGACGUCAUUGCCCAGGGUAUUGGCAAGCUGGCCAGCGUGCCUGCUGGUGGGGCUGUCGCUGUGUCUGCCGCCCCAGGGUCUGCAGCUCCUGCUGCUGGCGCUGCCCCCGCUGCUGCAGAGGAAAAGAAAGACGAGAAGAAGGAGGAGUCGGAGGAGUCGGACGAUGACAUGGGAUUCGGCUUGUUCGAUUAGGUUCCUGCUCACCCCCACCUGCUGGCAAAUAAAACCCUUUUUAUGUGUCUAUGAA